AAGACAUCUCGGUGAGCCGUCAUGUAGCUCAGUAUCAGCACACGAAGUUUCCGCUUUCCAGGAGGGCAUUUUCAUGAAGUCCGUUACGCCAUCCGCCAUAUGCGAUUCACGCACGGAGAAAAACCAGCCUAGAGCACUCCCCCAGCUGGUGCUUUUGGGGGGUCGUGAAAACCGCAUCGCUUCGAGCUUCUCUCGUCGUUUGUCCUGUCGAUUUUCCUUUCCUUUCCUUUCCCCCCCGGUUGUCUUGUGCUCUGUCGGGAGAGGGCUUGACAUGAAGCGCCACAGAUCCGCAUCCCCGGCAUCUGAUUCUACGACCACAUCCACACACUCCAGCCCCAGCCCCACCAGCCACCAACAGAGCGAAAGCAAGAGGAGCAUGAGCAACAUCCUACUUCGGCUGACGUAUUACGCGAUGGAGGUUGGCUUCCAGCUGGCGUUCGCUCACUUCAUCACGCUCGUCUACUCGCCAAUCCUCCGGUGGCUGCAUGGGAUGCCCAACACGCACAUCGUCCCCUGGUUCCUCGCCAUCUACGCCACGACCCUGGCUCUCUCCCUGACUCAGUAUUUCGUGAUAGCAACGCUGGUGGACCUUCUUGCUGACUAUGUCUUCCCUGAUUCCAUCCGACUGGCGGCCCACAAGAGAUCCAAGCAGCUGGCUGACGGAGAGGCAAGAAAGGACCAGUGGGGCGCCCCAUACGACUACGGGCAUCGUGGGUACCUGGUCAAUCACAUGUUGUUCUCGCUGCGGUGGUGUGUGCCGAUGAGCAUCGCUGCGGUGAUGUGGAUACCGCGGCUUAUGCUCGACGAGAACCCUCCUCUGUGGCAGAUACCACUCAAGGCAAGAAUGAAGACCCACCGCUCAGACACACACACGUACAUGCUGUCGUUCCAUGUAUCUAUCUCUCAUGAGUGCAGGUGCAGUGCGGUCUGGUGUUCGGUGAUCUGGCCUACUGGUUGGUGCAUAUCAGUCAGCACAAGUGCAAGGCACUGUAUCAGUGGAGCGACCACAGCUACCACCAUCAGUUUCGGCAUCCCUGGGGCAGUGCCGGCACGUGGCUCGGCACCGUUGACCUCUUAGUCGCCACCUUCGCCAUCGGCAGCUUCAACAUCUACUGCACUGAGCUCAUCUUCGGACGGUACACAGGGGGAGAGGGAGGGAGGGACACACAUGACAUGCGACCACAUAAUGACAUGGAAUCUGAUGAGUGUGUUGGUGGGUGCCUGUCUGUCUGUCUGUCUGCAGGCUUUCCCUCUUUGAAUACAUGCUCAUGAUCAAGUGAGUGCGUGCAAGGAAUUGGAUGGAUGCCACAUCACAUCAUAUGAUCGGAGGGACACAGACACGAAUCGCUGUGUGUUGUGUGCAUUGCGUGUGUGUGUGGCUGACAGUUUUGUGCACGAGAUGAACUGUGUCGACCACAGUGGGUGUGAGUUUCCCUUCUGGAGGUAUGGAUGUAAUAACUGGGGACAACACAAUGAGCAAUCCCCCAAUCCUGCAUGUAUGUAUGUAUGUCUGUUUGUCUGUCGCUUGUCCAUCUUUCCUCCAGUGGCUGCCCGUUCUUCCCUCCCCUGGGCUACUGGCUUCGCCUGGACAAAAGCAUCGCCAUGCAUGAAGGUCAGCCACGCUGACCACCAUACACCCACACACACACACAUGGCCUCCCUCCGCUUCUAUCAUGCAGCUCACCACAACUACAACCACUACUCCUAUGGCCUGCUCGGUUUCGCAGACCAGUUUUUCGGCACGGCCAAGUAUCCACCUGGAUACCCACUCGCCGACCGGCCGUCCUAUCGACUGACUCAGAUUUUCGACAAACCCUUACAUGCCGUGUGCGCAUCGAUCCGCCUCUAAGAGGGGAGAGAGCAAGGCAAGGCCGCUGUCCA